AGAAUUUGAGGGAGUGAAACGACAGAGAGAGUGUGUGUGACAGAAGGAACGCUAGCGGAAGAGGUAGAGAGAGAGGUGACUACUAACGGUAGCCCCAAGCAGCAUCAGAAGACUCCUUGACGCUCGCUCUCUAGUUCCAUCGGACUCUCGUGCGCUCUGCUGCUAUAACUAACGGCAAAAACGGAUUAUUAUUCUUUAUAUUUAGCUUUUAUUUUUUAUUCGUCUAUCUCGUGAACCACACAAUAUUGUACUGGUUUGUGUCAGAUUUAAGAAGGUAUACACGUUUUUUUUAUUUUUUUUUGCGCAAUGGGAGAGGGGUAUUAUUGGAAGACUUUUUUUCUACUUUCCAUUUCUUGAAACUUUUUGAAAAGCUCCAGUUUAUUUUCAGAAUACUUUCCGAGUCUCGCUCACUGUUUCCACGUGCGCUCUGGGAGCGGGACAAAUACUUGUCCAAAGGACUUUUUAAUCAAUUCUACAUUUUAUUAUAGGUAAAUUAAUCUACCAAUUUAAACAAAAUGACAUUUCAAACGUUAAUUAUUCACUUCCCACUCUCGUCGAAUUCUCUCCAUCAGUCAAACCGUUGAAGGUGAAGUUUAUGAGAAGUUUAUUGGGUUUGUGACAGAUUUUUUAUUUACUGAUUGAUACCUUUGAAAGCCCUCAUCAGUGCGAAGAUUAGCCUACUAUAUGACCACCUGUAGUUUUCCCAUUCUCACUAAAUCGGAAACUGCACUAUAACAACAAACACAUCUCCCCAUUUUUAUAUUUAUAUUUCACAUAAAUUACAGUCUAGACUAUCUAUUCGUUUUGUCACUACCCAUCAACUGUUGGGUAUUGAUCAUACUUGGUUCGUUGUCAAAUUCCAUCCUUCCAUCCCAACUUUCCCCACACCGUGGAGAGAUCAGUGAUCUGAUUUCCACCAACAACCCCACAAACAGCACCACCUUCCAGACAGACACCGACCCUUCUUCAACAUGCUAUUCGAUCACUUUGACCUGGUUUCUGCCUUGGCCACCUUGGCGGCCUGCGUGGUGUCCAUGGCCCUCCUCCUAGCGGUUUCCCAACAGCUCUGGCAGCUCCGAUGGACCUCUACUCGGGACAAGAACUGCAAGCUGCCGAUGCCCAAAGGGUCCAUGGGGUUCCCCAUCAUCGGCGAAACCUGCCACUGGCUCUUCCAGGGCUCGGGCUUUCACGCGUCUCGGCGUCAGAAGUACGGGAACGUAUUCAAGACCCACCUGUUAGGUCGCCCCCUGAUCCGGGUCACAGGUUCUGAGAACGUCCGGAAGGUUCUGAUGGGGGAACACACACUGGUCAGUGUGGACUGGCCGCAGAGCACCUCCACACUGCUUGGCCCCCAUUCACUGGCCAACAGCAUAGGAGACAUACACCGCAAAAGACGAAAGGUGUUUGCCAAGGUGUUCAGCCACGAGGCACUGGAGUCCUACCUCCCCAAGAUCCGACAGGUCAUCCAAGAGUCCCUGAGGGUCUGGAGCUCCAACCCAGAACCCAUAAACGUUUACAGGGAGUCCCAGAGGUUGUCGUUUACCAUGGCCAUCAGGGUGCUCCUUGGAUUUAGGGUCGCGGACGAGGAGUUGAGACAUCUGUUCUCCACCUUCCAGGAGUUCGUGGACAACAUCUUUUCCCUGCCCUUGGACCUGCCCUUCAGCGGGUUACGCAAGGGUGUGCGCGCGAGGGACACACUUCAGAAAGGCAUCGAGAAAGCCAUCCGAGAGAAACCCCUCUGUUCCAUGGGGAAGGAUUACAGCGAUGCACUUGAUAUCCUGCUGGAGAGCGCUAAAGAGAAUGGAACCGAGCUCAGCAUGCAGGAACUCAAGGAGGCAACCUUGGAACUUAUCUUUGCGUCCUUUGCAACCACAGCGAGCGCAUCCACCUCUCUAAUCAUGCAACUCCUUCGUCAUCCCUCUGUACUGGAGAAACUGCGAGAGGAGCUACGGACCAGGGGUAUUCUUCACAAUGGAUGUCUCUGUGAGGGGGAUCUGGGUCUGGACACCAUCAUUAGUCUGAAGUAUUUGGACUGUGUCAUCAAGGAGGUCCUCAGGCUCUUCUCGCCGGUGUCUGGAGGAUAUCGAACGGCACUGCAGACUUUUGAACUGGAUGGGGUUCAGAUUCCUAAGGGCUGGAGCGUCAUGUACAGCAUCCGAGACACUCAUGACACCUCCUCCGUGUUCAAGGACGUUGAUGCGUUUGACCCCGACCGCUUCUCCCAGGAGCGCUGCGAGGACAAGGAGGGCCGUUUCCACUACCUCCCGUUUGGUGGCGGCAUUCGCACCUGCCUGGGGAAGCAACUGGCCAAUGUCUUCCUGCGUAUCCUCGCCAUCGAGCUGGCAAGCAUGAGCCGGUUCGAGCUGGCAAGCCGGAGUUUUCCCAGGGUCAUCACUGUGCCGGUGGUGCAUCCUGUGGAUGGCCUGAAGGUCAAGUUCUAUGGUCUGGAUUCUAACCAGAACGAGAUUCCGUCCGAUCUCUUGGCUGACAUCAAGACCGAGGAGCUGCUGGGAGCGCCGGUUUAGAUUGUGGUUUCUGAUUGGAGGGGAGAAGGGGCAGGAGGAGAGAGGAGAGAAGAGGGAGUAGAGAGAUGAGGAGAGAGGCAGGACAGAGGGGGAUAGGGCAGAAAUGGGGAUGAGAUGGUGGGAGUGGUUUAGUUCCUUUUUUUGUUCUGCUCAUGUUUGGAAUGUUGAAGGCCUCCUCGGAACUCUAAAGACGAACAUUCUGAAUUCCGAAAUUCCGAUUCCUUCUCUUUUGUCAUUCUGCAGUCAUCAGAACAUUUUAGAAAAUAAAUAAGAACAGAAUCUGCCAAAAAACAUUAAUAUCUCUUCCCUGUGUUCCAAAAAUAUAUCAACAAAACACUAUAAAAUGAAAAGUAAUGUAAUAUAAUAAAACAUUUUAGUACAGAGAAAAUAACGUUAGAAUAAGUUAUGCACAAUUAGGAAACUGAUACAUUGAAGAUUUGGAUAGAUGGAGAGAUGAAAUGAGGCAAAGAAAGGAUUCACUGAAAAGAUGAAGGAAUGAAGAAAGGAGGGAUAAAACAGGGUAUAACAAUUCAAAGAGCUCUAGAAAAGAAUAAAAGAAAGGAUAAUCUAAAGAGGAGAAAUAAAGGGUGAGAAAGAGAUGGUCAGAUUUGUUUUUAAAGGAAAGAUUCACAAAAGCAACCCUUAGUAUUUUUUCAUCAGUCCCCAGAAAAACAUGAAUGUCAGCCAUCAAGUUUUUAAAUGACAGAAAUGUAUUUGAUAUUAGGCAUUUAGCUUCGUAUGACCCAUUUUGCCUCAUGUCUAUUGUAGUUCCACAACAUAUGUCUUAAAGAAUGUGUUUGUUGAUGUGCAAAAAAAAUGUGAACACAAGUGAACAGAUGAAACAAAUACUAAAAUAUAGUUUUUAAAUGCCUUUAAAGCCUAGAGGUUAUCCAGAGUAAACAUAUACAAGAUUAGCAGAUAUUUACUUUUGUACUCCAGGUUUGGAGUUUGAACAAAGACCCUUGCUAUUAAGACUUCAGGGAAGAUGCGAAGGAGAGAUUAAAAAGUUGACAGAACAGUGUGUUUAUAACUCAGGUGUGGAAAAGGAUAUUUCAUUGGACGGAUUUUAAGGACUUGUUUUUGUUUAUUAUUUUUAUUCAAUCUGCACAUAAGAGACUGACUAUCAAUAAUUAUCACCUUCCUUCCUCUUCUCCUUCAAACCCUCAAAACCUGUGCUAUGAUGUUAUGUUAUAGGAAGGUGUCUGCGCUACAUCAUCACUAUGAUGUCAUAAUCAAGAUGUGUGUGUACUAUGUCAUCGCUAUGAUGUUGUAAUCAAGAUGUGUGUGUACUACAUCAUCACUAUCUGUCUUUUAGUCGGCCUGAUGACUGUAUGAGGUUGAUGGUUCUGAACUCAUUGGGGACAUAACCGUUUCUUUCUAAAGCUAACAUAACUGUCAACGCUAGAGAAAACAAGGCAGAGAGACUAGAGGAACCGAAGGGGAUCAAGGUGGAGAGAAGACCUACAAACUUGCUGCUUGGGAGCUUUGUUUUUGAUUGUUCUGUAUUUCUUUGGAGCAGAGUGUUGUUGACCUAUGACCUCUGUUAAACACAUAAGUUACAUUUUGACUUGCUGCUCCUCCUUAUCAACACUAAAAUGCAAAAAUCUUUAGUUGCUAAUGAGAUUUAACAACAUGAGAAGAUUGCUUAAUCAGAAUCACUCAGAACUUAACUCCAACACCAAGAAAUGUUGAUCAUGGAAAAACAUGAUAGAUGGAAAAUGCUUCCAUAAAUAGAACUCAUUUCUUGAUGACUCAUGAACAGAACACUUUUCUGAAAAUUCAGGAAUUCCCAAACAUUCCAGAACUCACAAACACUCCGGAGCUCUGAAACAUUCCGGAAUUCUGGUAACCUUCUAGAACAUUUAGGAAUCCUCGGACAGUUGGGAUUUUUUUUCAAUGGAGGUAGCUCGGAUCCAGGGACAUUGUCAUUUGGACAAAUACAUACUGUGUCCCACCACCAUGUUCUACAGAUAUCGAAUGUCUACUUUAUGGAUGCCUAAUGCCUAUAUGUUGUAGACACUAUAUAUUCUGUGACCAACCACACCACUGAUUGUCUAUACUAUAUGUACAUUGUGCUGCUUCUGUGUGUACAUUUUUCUAACUGAGAGCUAUAGCACUAUGACACAUAGACUGCCAGUGAGAUUCCUCACCAUUUCUUCAUGUUUUGUUUUUUAUUUAGCAAAUAUUUGUCAUUUGUGAAAAGCAAAGAGGGAUGAGCUGUUUUUUUUUUUUUUUGGUUAUCAUGAUUUUCCUGUUUAGUAAGCAAGCCAUGGGGUAACACCUAUUCUUCUCUAAUAUCCUAAUAUUAUUAUUGACUAUUAAUAUUUGCUGUUGUAAUAAAAUGUUAUAAUUUUAA